UGCACGUCAAACACAAGGAAAUCCUGAAUGAAUCAAAGGCAGUGCAGCGGAGGCUCUUACGCUCCCUAAUCGGAAUCUCCGAACGCAGAACCAGUUUUACUACAAGCCAGCUAACGCUAUCUAGAUGGAUGACACCAGGAAACUACUCAGUAUAGAACUAAUAGAAUAAGCGCAAUCCCCCCGUUUCUUCCGGUUGAUUUCACACCUAUGAUGGAACGGGCGAUGGAGCAGUUGAACGUACAACUGAAUCGGCUAACGCGCUCACUACGCCGCGCCAGGACCGUGGAACUACCGGAGGAUAAUGAGACUGCCGUGUACACCCUUAUGCCAAUGGUGAUGGCAGACCAGCACAGGUCAGUGUCAGAGCUGCUGCUGAACUCAAAGUUUGACGUGAACUACGCUUUUGGGCGUGUGAAGAGGAGUCUGCUGCACAUCGCUGCCAACUGUGGAUCGGUGGAAUGUCUGGUUCUGCUGCUGAAGAGAGGAGCGAACCCAAACUACCAGGACAUCUCAGGGUGCACCCCCCUGCACUUGGCUGCCAGGAACGGGCAAAAGAAGUGUAUGGGCAGACUGUUGGAAUACAAUGCAGAUGUGAACAUCUGUAACAAUGAGGGACUGACCGCAAUACACUGGCUUGCAGUCAAUGGGCGGACUGAGUUGCUGCAUGACCUGGUCCAGCACGUGAGCAAUGUGGAUGUGGAGGAUGCCAUGGGACAGACCGCCCUACACGUGGCAUGCCAAAAUGGCCACAAGACGACUGUACUGUGCCUGCUGGACAGUGGCGCAGACAUCAACCGGCCGAAUGUCUCUGGAGCCACACCCCUGUACUUCGCCUGUAGUCAUGGUCAGAGAGACACGGCGCAGAUUCUCCUCUCCCGCGGGGCCAAGUAUUUGGCUGACAAAAACGGGGUGACGCCCCUGGACCUGUGUGUACAGGGUGGUUAUGGUGAGACGUGUGAGAUUCUCAUUCAGCACCAUGGGAGAUUGUUCCAGACCCUCAUCCAGAUGACACAGAACGAUGACAUCAAAGAGAACAUGCUGAGGCAGGUCCUGGAGCAUGUCUCCCAGCAGAGUGAGCUGCACUACCAGAGGAUCCUGACCAGCCUUGCUGAGGUGGCCACCACCAAUGGGCACAAGCUCCUGAGUUUAUCCAGUAACUACGAGGCCCAGAUGAAGAGCCUGCUGCGGAUCGUGCGGAUGUUCUGCCACGUUUUCCGGUUGGGGCCCUCCUCCCCCAGCAACGGGAACGACAUGGGCUACAACGGCAACAAGACGCCCAAGAGCCAGGUGCUGAAGACUGGGCUGUCUCUGCUGCAGCCUCUGGAGCUGCUGUGGCACUCCCUGGACGAGUGGCUGGUUCUGAUCUCCACCGAGCUGCAGAAGAACUGCAGCGACCCGGCCUCCGGCGCCGACAUCGCCUCCCUCCUGCUGAAGCAGCGCGAGGCCGACUCCUCUGUCAGCGCCAUCGCCACGGUAACGGACUACGGCAGCGGCGCCGUCCCCUCGGCUCUCCCGUCCCCCGGCCAGCCUUCGCUGGACCCGGAGGUUGUCAUGGUGACGCCCGAGACCUGCUGCGACGGCGAGGAUGUCAUAUCCAUGACCGCCAGCCGCCUCAGCGCUGUUAUACAGGCCUUCUACAUGUGCUGUUCCUGUCAGAUGCCACAAGGGAUGACGUCUCCUCGCUUCAUAGAGUUUGUCUGCAAACACGACGAGGUGCUCAAAUGUUUCGUCACCAGGAACCCCAAGAUCAUCUUCAACCACUUCCACUUCCUGCUGGAAUGUCCCGAGCUCAUGUCCAGGUUCAUGCACAUCAUUAAAGCUCAGCCGUUUAAGGAGAGGUGCGAGUGGUUCUACGAGCACCUGCUGGCCGGCCAGCCCGACUCGGACAUGGUCCACCGGCCCGUCAACGAGAACGACAUUCUGCUUGUCCACAGAGAGUCCAUCUUCCGCAGCAGCUGUGAGGUCGUCUCCAAAUCCAGCAACCAGAAGCUGAAGCAGGGCAUCGCUGUGCGUUUCCAUGGCGAGGAAGGCAUGGGCCAAGGCGUGGUACGGGAGUGGUUUGACAUCCUCUCCAACGAGAUCAUCAACCCCGACUACGCCCUCUUCACGCAGUCCGCCGACGGAACCACCUUCCAGCCCAACAGUAACUCCUCAGUGAACCCAGACCACCUCAAUUACUUUCGCUUUGCCGGCCAGAUCCUGGGCCUGGCGCUGUACCACAGGCAGCUGGUCAACAUCUACUUCACCCGCUCCUUCUACAAGCACAUACUGGGGAUCCCAGUGAACUACCAGGAUGUGGCGUCCAUCGAUCCAGAAUAUGCCAAGAACCUCCAGUGGAUACUGGACAAUGACAUCAGCGACCUGGGCCUGGAGCUCACCUUCUCCGUGGAAACGGACGUGUUCGGGGCGAUGGAGGAGGUCCCACUCAAGCCAGGCGGUAUCAGCAUCCUCGUCACGCAGGACAAUAAGGCGGAGUACGUGCAGCUGGUGACAGAGCUGAGGAUGACCCGGGCGAUCCAGCCCCAGAUCAACGCCUUCCUGCAGGGCUUCCACACCUUCAUCCCCCCGUCCCUCAUCCAGCUGUUUGACGAGUACGAGCUGGAGCUGCUCCUCUCGGGAAUGCCGGAGAUUGACGUGGCGGACUGGAACAGAAACACGGAAUACACCAGCGGGUACGACCUGGAUGAGCCCGUCAUCCAGUGGUUCUGGGAGGUGGUGGAGAGCCUGACGCAGGAGGAGAGAAUUCUCCUGCUCCAGUUUGUCACUGGCAGUUCCCGGGUGCCUCACGGUGGGUUUGCGUACCUGAUGGGGGGGAGUGGCUUACAGAAAUUCACCAUUGCUGCAGUGCCCUACACCGCCCACCUGCUGCCUACAUCCAGCACCUGCAUCAACAUGCUCAAACUCCCAGAAUACCCCAGUCAGGAAGUCCUCAGAGACAGGCUGCUUGUCGCACUGCAUUGUGGGAGUUACGGGUACACCAUGGCAUGAGGUGUGUCCGUACGUCCGUGUGUGAGUUUGCGUGUGCAGACGUGCGCGUUGUGUGCAACACGCCACCCUGCCGUAUGUGGUAUGUUCAAUGUGCAGGCUUUACAACAGGGAUCUCCUUUUUAAACUCGCUCCGCUCCCUCUUAUCUCACUCCUCUUAUUUAUACGGCAUUAUUUUAAGCCAGUUAUUCAUAAAGAUAAUUAUCAAUAUGCCUUUCUUGCAAAAACUGGGGCUCGGAGCAAUCAGUUAAAGCUAAAGCUCUUUACGGAGGGCAGGAAACAAGCCAAGCUCAGCUGCCAAAGUCUGUCUCAGCACCGUCUUCGUCUCCGAGCAACCCCUCGGUGCUGCCGAGCCAGAGGGCGCAGUUCUGGCCUCCGCCACCGUGUGGCACUCUUCCACUGUCCCCGCGCUCGUCGGCUGAGUCGCCCCCUCUGUGGAACAGGGAUCGUUUUUACACUCCGUGGUUUUUCUGCUGCUGUCAGCUGGCCCGUGCCGGCCCGCCGUCGGCCCGCUGGGCACGGGGUUUGGCCUUCUUGGGUUCGACUCUGACUCCACGUUUUCUGUGUUGAAAUGGCUACACUACACCAUACGUUGUUCCUGAAUUAUUUACUUUUUAGAUAUUAUUUUAAAUUUUAUGUGUUCUGUAUAUUUUGAAUAAGAUGACCAUGAGGAAAAACCCAUUGUCAAAGCAAUACGUAAUGGGUGUAUACUUGGUAAAAUGUGCCAAAACAUCACAGAUGUACAGUACAUUCAGUAGUAGCGUUUCCGUUUGCAUGGUAUGUGGUAAAACAAUGUUUUACAAAGAGAGACAAAAAGUGUAUCAUGCCAUUUUAUGUAGAUCAUUUUUCCAUAAGUUCUCUGCAACUCCAAAUAAUUCUUAUUAUUUUUUAAGAUUACCCAACGAAUGUAAAUGUCAUAUUUGAUGUAAUUUAUCAGUAUUGUUUUUGAUGUAUAGCUGUUUUGCCUUUGUAAACAGACGUUCUUGUUUGUAGUAUACAGUACCUUUAUAUAUAUUUCUGCAGACCAAUAUGAAAAUGCAUUAAAUUACAUAUUUUAUCAUAAA